CACGCCACCCUCGGCGCGUACCGGCGCGCGUUGCGGCUCUGCCCCAACGCGGUGCGCGACUGGUUGCGGAUCGGCCAGAUGAAGAUCACGGUCAAGUGUCCGACCGUCGCCGAGCUGCUGGAGCUGGAGAGGCGCUGCAUCGCUGCCGGGCUCAACUGCUGCCUCAUCCGCGACGCUGGGCAAAGCGCACUGCAUACCGAGAUCGAGCCCGGCAGUCGCACAGUCCUCGCCGUCGGGCCGGCGCCCGCGAGCGCGCUCGACCCCAUCACGAGGCAUCUCAAGCCGUAUUGA